AUGAACAAUAAAACUACUCGAGGACCUAGCAAAGAGCACUCCAAGACUACUCGAGGACCUAGCAAAGAGUACUUCAAGACUACUCGAAGACCUAGCAAAGAGCACUCCAAGACUACUCGAGGACCUAGCAAAGAGUACUUCAAGACUACUCGAGGACCUAGUAAAGAGUACUCCAAGACUACUCGAGGACCUAUUAAAGAGUACUUCAAGACAACUCGAGGACCUAGCAAAGAGUACUUCAAGACUACUCGAGGACCUAGUAAAGAGUACUCCAAUACUACUCGAGGACCUAGCAAAGAGUACUUCAAGACUACUCGAGGACCUAGUAAAGAGUACUCCAAUACUACUCGAGGACCGAGUAAAGAGUACUUCAAGACUACUCGAGGACCUAGUAAAGAGUACUCCAAGACUACUCGAGGACCUAGUAAAGAGUACUCCAAGACUACUCGAGGACCUAGACCUAGCAAAGAGUACUCCAAGACUACUCGAGGACCUAGCAAUAAGUACUCCAAUACUACUCGAGGACCUAGCAAAGAGUACUCCAAGACUACUCGAGGACCUAGUAAAGAGUACUUCAAGACUACUCGAGGACCUAGUAAAGAGUACUCCAAGACUACUCGAGGACCUAGUAAAGAGUACUCCAAGACUACUCGAGGACCUAGCAAAGAGUACUUCAAGACUACUCGAGGACCUAGCAAAGAGUACUUCAAGACUACUCGAGGACCUA